AAAUGAAAAUAUUUACGUGAUCCCAUUUCUCGCCACCCAAAAGUGAAGGGUGUCUUAUGUGGUGAAAAUUUAAUUAAAAAGUUUGAAUUUGUGCUUGAUUCUUAAUAAGAAAUAUUUUCCCGGAUUUACGAAAUGUUACGUUAGGCUGUACUAUAUUCAUUAGUGUUCACACGGCUAAAACAGACUGGAAAAUUGGUUAGAUAGUUUACGAGGCUACGUUGCUUCUGCAUCCAAUCGCUGGCUGCAGCCUCCAAAGGUAGUGAUUCAUUGAAAAAGCAAACAUCUUCGUCAUUGACGGAGCUGACAGACAGUAGAGGAAUCUGUAUUCGUUGCUGUUCCCGGAGUCGUUUGUCCGGAGAAGGAACGGCUAAUCCGUGCAGGUGCGGUACCAAAGUAGGGCUACGCCACGAGCAAUGACAAUGGGAGACGAUACUCCAGUGGUGACUUCCUUGGUGCUGCCAAUCUUGAUACGUCCAAUUCUGUCACAGUUGGAAAGGCGUGAUGUGGUUGCUUCCCAGACACUGAGGGCUGCCCUAGCCAAGGCUGAACAGACGCAUCCCGGGAUGACGUAUGAUCUGGUCAUGGGUAUCAUUCGAAAGGGUGACAUCAACGUUAACAUGAACGAAAGUAUCCUACGACUACAGGGCGCAGCGACUGACACCGAUUUAAUUGAAUACCGACUGAAUCGCACCGAGGACGCCUUCCAAGAGUUGAACAAAAAAUCUUCAGCUCUAAAGCGUAUUCUAAGCCGAAUUCCCGACGAAAUUACCGACCGGAAAACUUUCCUGGAAACUAUCAAAGAAAUUGCAAGUGCCAUCAAAAAGCUGUUGGACGCAGUGAACGAGGUCGUAGGUUUCAUUCCAGGCUCAUCCGGCAAACAGGCGGUUGAACAACGCAAGAAGGAGUUCGUCAAGUAUUCGAAAAAGUUCAGCACCACUCUGAAGGAGUAUUUCAAAGAGGGAGAAGCCAACGCAGUUUUCGUGAGUGCUUUGUACCUGAUACAUCAGACGAAUCAGAUUAUGAUAACAGUGAAGAACAAAUGCGAAUAAGACGAACGGUAGACUGAGUCUUUACGAUUCUAAGUAAGAUGAAAACGAGUGACUAAACAAAUUGUUUUACUUUACAUUUCCUUGGGCUGAACGUUCGGUGAUGCUUCCGGUACUGAUCCGUCGUAGAUCGGAAACGCCCACCUAACGUAGACAGAUACAGAUUAUGCAGAUGAGUUCUAUAUUUAGUGAAUAAUUACAAGGGAGAAGGAGUAUGUUUUUCAAAGCAAGGAAUACAAUAGGCGUUCGAUAAGCUGAAAGAAGGGAACGUACUUGAUGUCGUAUUAUAUAUUAUUACUUUAUUAUUACUACUAUUGAGAUAGAAAGGAAUAAAAUUCAUUUUUUAAACCUGA